CAAUAUUUUAGGUUUAUUGCAUAUUAAUGGAGCUAUAGCAGACGAGGCUUGGGACUAUGCCAUGUCCGUGGCUGGCAUGAAACCUUUAUUGGAAAUGGAGACUGUACUCAUAGCAGAGCUUGCAAAGUAUGGCAAUUCUUUGAAACAGAAAAUCGACACUAUUGAGAGCUUCCUAUCUGAGACACGUUCCAAGCAAGCACAAUGGCAAAAGGAUCGAGAGCAAUAUGUGUCAAAUCCUUUGAACGGCUUUGCGCUUAUUCGACGACUCCAUGAAGAUUGGUCUUUUAUGGAGUUGUUUAUGAAGACACCGCUAGGAAGUUCUGAACAGCAGACAAUGAAUGAAGUGCUAGAAGACGCGCCUACCAUAGACGAUAUGCAUGAUGCCCUAACAUCGAUGCAACGCAUACAAGAGUCUUACGAUUUAAAAGCAAGUGAUAUGGCUAAUGGAGUGCUAGGUGGGGUGCAGUCACAAUUUCAGCUCAAUGCAUUAGAUUGCUGGAUGAUCGGUAGCUUUUGGUAUGCGCACAAUAAAUAUUAUCAGAGCAGCAAAUGGCUAGAGAUGGCUAUCGAACAAUUCAUCAUAACAAGAGAUAUUGAACCUUACGAACGGAUCUAUGACCUAAAUGAAGCACUCUUAUACAAAAAUUAUGCAAGAACACUUAUAAAACGAGGCCAAAGCAGGACCGCUCUGAACGCCAUUCAAAAAGUAGCCGAUUCGAACGUGGAUCUUUGGCUUUUGCGCCGUGAAUUGGAGGAGUCCGAUUCUGUUUAUGACUUCGAGUCUAGGUAUGUCAAAUCACCUGCAACAAUUAUCGAAAAAGGAUGCCGUGGUCAGCUCCCGCUCAAUCCGAAACUUAAGUGCCACUAUCAGACUAGUACGAAUUUCUUUUUAAAACUGGCUCCUUUUAAAGUUGAAAUGCUUAGUCUUGAUCCAUACGUGGCUUUCUACCACGAUGUUAUUUACGAUAGUGAAAUCGCCCACUUUAAAGCGCUGCAUCCAUCGUCGCUUAGAAGUGCGGAUCCGUUCCGCCAAAGUGGUGGGAAUACAGACCAGACACUGAAAUACGCCUGGGUUGAGGAUGUGAAUACACUAAAUGUGCGGAUUGGAGACAUGACUGGUCUUGACGUGGAACACGAUACUGGAUUACGAGUGUCUAACUACGGUUUAGGUGGCCACUUCGGCUUAAAGGCUGACAAUUUGCCGGAAAAUGAAAUCGAGAAAGCCUUGGGAGAUCGCCUGACUACUACAACGUUUUUUCUGACUGACGUGCAGCAAGGUGGUGCGAUAGUUAUUCCCCACAUACCUACAUCCAUAUUUCCCAAAAGAGGAAGUUCUGUGGUCUGGCAUAACCUGGACAACGCGUUAAACCGGCAAAAAGGAAUUGAGCAUGUCUCCUGUCCGCACUCAAUAAAUGGUUAUACGGACGGCCCCAAGUGUUUAAAAAACCCUGCGUCGAAUGCCAUCACCAACGAGGGCAAAAUGUUAUCCAACAAUGUUUGAAUAAAUUGAUUUAAGUUUCCGGUUAAUAUCAUUUAAAGCGUUAAGAACUUAUUAUACAAAUUGGCGUGCUAUUGUUGCAAUCUAGAUUC